AUGGAUCCUCCGCCCGCUGAUGAACCUAACCUCCAACCGGCUCCUUUCAAUCGCCGGAGCAAACCCCAGCUCUCCUGUAAUUUAUGUCGUCGGAGGAAGCUCCGAUGCGAUCGCAAACAACCCUGUUCAACAUGCACCACUCGUGGAUUGGCGCUUUCGUGUGCCUAUCCAAGCAAUCAGGCCUCACAAUCGCCUCGGCCACAUGGGACCAAUAGGGGUCGCCCUCAAGCAACCGUUCAGGACCGCCUGGGUCAGUUGGAGCAGAUUGUCGUCUCACUAAUGCAGAAGACCACCUCCGAUGGCCAAGACCCCCCAGACCAGUAUCCCGUCGCAUCGGUUACCCAGGAUCAGCCCCGGGAAGGCUCGCCGGAAGGGAUCAUCAGCCCUGAAGAUUCUCCGGGGCAGUCUGACGGCGGAAGCGUAUGGUUUAGCUCUUCAGAUGCCCAGUAUGUUGGAGGAACUCAUUGGGCCGCCAUAUUGGAUGGGAUCGCCGACAUUAAGGAGCAACUUGAACGGGAAGACGAUGGAAAGAUUGAAAAGCCUGCUAUGCUGCAUACUUUCCUCCUGUAUGGAAGUAAAUCAGCGAGUAAAGAAGAUAUUUUGGCAGCUCUGCCUGAUAGACCAGCUGUCGAUCGCUACAUUUCUCAGUAUUUUAAUCGAUUGGACUUGGCGCCAUCCUGUCUGCACAGUGGUCAAUUUUCACGUGAGUAUGAGCGGUUUUGGGAGAACCCAUCUCAGACCUCGAUCAUAUGGCUGGGUCUUCUUUUCUCUAUGAUAUGUCUCGCGGUGCUGGCUUCAAGUGCAGCAGACUCCAGCUCAUCUUCCGGAGAUCGCGAUCCAUUGGUGGAUAUGUACCGCGAAAAGAUAGUACAAUGUCUUAUUCUGGGCGAGUACACCAAAUCCGGGCGCUACGUCUUCGAAACUCUUUACCACUACUUGACUAUCGAGUAUUCCAUCCGGAAGGAUGCUGAUCGGGACAUCUGGAUAAUUUCCGGAAUCUCAGUCAAUAUAGCCCUGCGUAUGGGGUACCACCGGGAUCCUUCGCACUUGCCGGGGAUAUCCCCAUUUGCAGGAGAGAUGCGCCGGCGGGCAUGGGCCACCAUCCUGCAGGGGGAUAUCCUGAUCUCCACCCAGAUGGGCAUGCCACGAAUGAUCAAGGAUUGGCAAUGUGACACCAUAGAACCCCGCAAUCUGAAUGACUCGGACUUUGAUGAGGAUUGCCUCGAGCUUCCCCCAUCUAGGUCAGAGACCGAGAUCACCACGGUUUCACAUAUUGUUGCUCGGCGUCGUAUCUUUGCCGCCUUAGGUGUGAUCGUCGAUUUUACUGCCUCGGUGCGACCAGUGGUCUACGACGAGGUAAUGCGACUAGAUCGCAUUCUGCAUGAUGCGGAGGCGACUGUCCCCGGUUAUCUCCGCAUGAAGGCCAUGGCGGCGGCGGUGACUGAUCCCCCGCAAGUGAUUAUGCAUCGUCUUUUCCUCAGACUGAUGUUCCACAAGGGACAGAUCAUGUUACACUGCAAGUAUUUAAGCCCCGACCUAGCCUCAUAUUCCGAUGGUCAGACAUCAUAUUCCUACUCGCGCACCUCUUGCAUAGAGGCAGCCUUAGGUAUUUUAGAGAUCCAGGGAAUAUGCGACGAGGAAACUAGCCCGGAUGGCCAGCUUUAUAUGAUACGAUGGCGAGCUUCCUCAUUCAUGAAGCAUGAGUUUCUGACAGCUACCAUGCUACUGUGCUUUCUUGCGCGACAGAGACACAGUAGCUCAGACACUCUUACCGAUGGCCACAACUUGGACCAAAUUAUGGGAGCGCUAACAAGAGCACACGGUAUCUGGAUGCGAUCAAGGAAUUCAUCGGCAGAAGCAAAGACAGCAGCAGAUACUCUUGGCAUUAUUUUGGCUCAACGUUCGGGUGAUUGUAAUAUAGGCGCAGAGUGCCAGGGUAUAAACACUGAUUUUGCCCUAAAUUCAGGUCAGUUAGCCGUCAUUUCCCCCUCUAUCCUUACUUACGAUGUAUCAGAUCUACCUAUGCCCUUUCCCACCGGUGGAAUCAAUGGAAAUGGUCUCGAGGAGAACCUGUAUUAUGGAUUCCCUUUCAUGGGCUCUAGUCAGAUGUUCCCAGGCUCAGGCAUGAUGAUGGAUCCGAACUUCGCAUGGCAAUGGUAG